GGGAUAACUGUUGAGCUUGCAAGUGCAAAUGAAUGUUUGCAUGUAAAACAAUGUGGGUCUGAGGAACCAGAACUUCACAAACAAAAGCGACUGGAUAAUGAUAGAACAUAUCAAAAAAUUAAACGAGCAGCUGAGAUUGAUUCAGAAAGACAGUUAAGACUUAGAAAUGUCAGGGAAAGUCAAAAAACAAAACGAGCCACAGAGACAAACUUUGUAAAGCAACUUAGACUUGAAAAUAGAAGAAAACAUGACAGUUGUAAGAAAGCUGUAGAAACUGAGUCUGAGCACCAAAAUAGACUUGAAAGUCAUCGCAACUACCAGAUAUUAAAAAAAUUGGCAGAGAGUGAAAGUGAGAGACAAACGCGAUUAAAAAUUGAUCGUGAGUAUAGAAGAAAAAAACAAGCAAAUGAAACUGGUGUUCAGCAGCAAGCCAAGAAAAGCAGAACUUCACAAGAAUUGGAAACAAAUGUUGAUACCAAAUUCUCAUCCGAGCUGUUCAAUCAAUGA